AUGUUUCUCUUAUUGAUAUUGCCUCUGACGGCAGUAAUAGUGCCUUCAGCCUUUCCACAAGCAUUAUGUGCUGAUAAGGGUGGCAAGGUCGAGGAGUCUUCUACCAAUGAAAUACUGAAAAUUAUCAAUAAUAGGAGAAAGAACUUGGCAAAGGGAUUAGUGAAAGACCAAGCUAAUGCUGCUUUACCAAAAGCAAAGCUAAUGAACAAACUUGCCUGGGAUUGCGAUCUGGAGGUAGCUGCGAAAGCUAAAUUGAGCUGUCCAGCUAAGGGAUCAACACCUACAGAACCUAAACCUGAUGCCGGAAACACAGGAUAUUUUUUCGAAUUUCUCAUCCGUAGUUCUUGCUCAAUCGUCAUUGGUAACAAGCGAGCGUUACCGGAAAGUCUGAUAGUUCCGUCUGAUUCAAAUAAUUUGAAGCUCAAAACAAUGGUGACGACUCAACAUCCAUCGCUAUCUACAGAUGCUGGUAAAGACGGGUAUCCUGCGAGUGUUGUAGUGAGCAAGUGGAUCGAGGAGAUUGUUGGUAUGCACUUCGGUAUGCACUUCAUUCAGGCACGAAAUUUCAGCGAUGCUGAUCAAGACGGGUAUCCUAUGAGUGUUGUAGUGAGCAAGUGGAUCGAUGAGAUAAAAGCGAAGGCGUAUACAGGUACUAAAGGAACAACCGAAGUCAAGGCACCUAAUCCUGUUGGCACUGAUUUCAAAAACUUCGCAAAUGUAAGUUUGAAUACGGCUAAGAUUUGCCACAUCGUCAACAAGGUGAAAGCAAAUUUUCCAGCUCAUGCGGUCUGA